UCUGUCAUACCUGUAAUUUUGAUCGAAUCCGCCAUGGCUCAAGCUGCGUCGAAAACGUGCGAAGUUUGUGUGAGUGCCCCUGGGUCACAAUACUGCAUAGACUGUGAGGAAUUCUAUUGUGAAAACUGUAAGUUGCUGCAUAAUAGGCAGAAGUUAUCCAGAAACCACCAGUUUCAAGAAGCAUCAGACCUGAUUCCGGAAGGUAAAUCUAAAUGUAAUGAACACAAAGAAGAAUUAACCUUAAUUUGCAACAUAUGUAAUGCGCAGAUAUGCACAAGUUGUGUGACAGGAAAACACAAUGGGCAUACAUUUUCCAAGAUUGUCGAUGUAAUCGGUCAACUGCGUGGAGAUAAUGAAACGAAAAUUCGUGCCAAGGAAAAUGAAUCAAUUCAUAAUAUGAAGACGAUUGAGGAUAGCUUGGAGUCGUUUAAUAAUUCCGUUGAGUCUGUUAUAAAAUCCAUCAACGAUGAAGGCAACAUAAUUAAACGCAUGGUUGAUAAAUCCGUAGCUCAGAUGAUUGCCUUGGUAAAAGAACAAUCCAAAAAGGAGAGAGGUAAACUGUUUAAUUCGUUGGCUGAUGCUAAAUCCGUGUUUGUUGAUGGACAGACCUUAGACAGAAAGAGAAAAGAACUAGAGAAGACCCGACAGGAUGGAAUUUUGGUACAAAAGAUCAAUAAUCUAAAAGAAGAAAUUGACAAACUCACUAUAAAUUCUCUUCCAGAGUUUCCAAAAAUAACCUUUAGUCGUAAAUCUGUAGCUGAAGAUGACAUCAGAAAAAUGAUGGGGACAUAUACUAUUAGCAGUUGUGCACCAGUCCUUGAAAAAAAGGAGGAACGCCAUGGGUUCUUAUACAGAUGUAAUUUUUGUAGGUAA